GUUUUUUCCCAAUUGAGAAGUGAAGGAUAGGAGAAGCGGAAAAGAAGGGGGAAACAAUGAAAAGGUGUCGAAUAGAGAUAAGUGAGAAGAAGAGAAUAUCCAUGAAAAAGACGGGUUGCUUUGCUUGCGAGCUUCAGUUUGGCUUCUCUUCUCAACUCAACUCCACAACUACGACACGAUAAACGACGAAGUAGCAGAAAUUUCGAGACCUUCAGCAGUUCCUUUCCCUUGCUUCGAUUGGAUCUCAGAAACUUAAAUAUAACAAAACCUCUUUGUCUCUCCCUCUUUCCCUCUCUCUAUUUCACUUUUUCACGGAGCUCUAAAGGGUUUCAUUGCUUUUCCAGUCAUGAAAGAUCGCCCACUCCGCAUUUUAUGAUCGGUGCUUUGAUCAGCACAAUCCUUGUAUUGAUUCUUCUGGUCGGAAGACAGCUUGAGUUUACUUCGAUUGAUGGCUACAACUUCGGAGGUAUCGACCGCAACCUGCCCGGAACGUCUCAGUGCCCCAUUGAAUUGCUCAAGAGAAUCGGUUGGUGAAGGAAUUGGUUCUUUGUCGAAGCCUCACGAUUCGGCUUCUGCUACAAGUUUGUCCGAAAAUUCUCGCCGUGUUCAACCUCCGCCACUUUCUUCAAAGCAGUCCACAAAUUCUAGGUAUGGCAUGACUACUCUUGGCCAUUCAAAGGCUUCGAGUUACGAGCCUUCAAAGGAAGAGUUAUCUUCUUCUUUGAAAAAACCUCACAGAUUGAAAAAGGAGCAACCUGUAGUCGUCGGCUUGAACGAUGGUCUUACCGGACCGGUGAAAACAUCUCCGGAGAAGGUAUUAACUGAAACAUCCACGGAGCAAGAACCGUGUAUCAAACACCCCAUUGAUGAUCCUGAGAGUUGUGUGUGUAACUGUUCUUCGUCGAAUCCAGUAGGUUUUGUUUCAGUCCCUUGCAAACAAAGUAUGGAGCAAGCAAACGAACCAUUAACAUCGCAGACACGCAUCGCCUACUGCCCUAGUCGUGAUAACAGUUUCCACUCGGCGUCGGCGAUCCAACAACCAGAUGCCGAGGACAGUUCUGCAGCCACGGAAAUUAGCGACGGUGUCAGCAGUACCGAGAAAUCUUGCGGAAGUGCUAACGUCAGCAAUUCAUGUGAUUUCCUGGAGAGUAGAAAGACCAGUAUAUGCAGAGGCAGCACCGGCAGUGAUGUUAGUGAGGAGAGUAGCUCAAGUAACUUUAGCAGUGUCAUAAGUAAACCUCACAAAGCAAACGAUACGAGAUGGGAAGCAAUUCAAGCUGUUCGAUCUCGUGAUGGGGUGUUGGGGUUGAACCACUUCAGGCUUUUGAGGAAGUUGGGUUGUGGAGAUAUAGGUAGCGUUUACCUAUCGGAGUUGAGUGGGACUAGAAGUUAUUUUGCCAUGAAGGUAAUGGAUAAAGCUGCACUAGCAAGUCGGAAGAAGCUUCUGCGGGCUCAGACGGAAAGAGAAAUAUUGCAGUCCCUGGAUCAUCCUUUCCUUCCCACUUUGUAUACACACUUUGAGACAGAGAAAUUUUCCUGCUUGGUCAUGGAGUUCUGUCCUGGAGGUGAUCUGCAUGCACUCCGGCAGAGACAACCAGGGAAAUAUUUUCCCGAGCAUGCAGCUAGAUUUUAUGUUGCAGAGGUUCUCCUAGCUUUGGAGUACCUUCACAUGCUUGGGAUCAUUUACAGAGACCUUAAACCAGAGAAUGUUUUAGUGAGGGAUGAUGGCCAUAUUAUGCUGUCAGAUUUUGAUCUUUCUCUAAGAUGUGCAGUUUGCCCUACUCUAGUGAAAUCCUCAAACACCGAGAUGGACUCGGGAAAGAACUCUGGUUACUGUGUUCAACCUUCUUGCAUUGAACCAAGUUGUGUAAUCCAGCCAUCUUGCAUACAACCCACAUGUUUUGUACCACGCUUCUUAUCAAGCAAGUCCAAGAAAGAAAAGAAAGCAAAACCAAAGAAUGAAAUUCAUAAUCAAGUGAGUCCACUCCCAGAACUUAUUGCAGAACCUACAAGUGCUAGAUCAAUGUCCUUUGUGGGUACGCAUGAGUACUUAGCUCCAGAGAUAAUCAAAGGUGAAGGACAUGGCAGUGCUGUAGAUUGGUGGACUUUUGGUAUCUUUCUAUAUGAGCUGUUGUUUGGGAAAACUCCAUUUAAGGGGUCAGGAAACCGUGCUACACUAUUCAAUGUGGUGGGGCAGCCCCUAAGAUUUCCAGAAUCACCUGCUGUGAGCUUUGCUGCAAGGGACUUGAUCAGAGGCUUGCUUGUGAAAGAGCCACUACAUCGUCUUGCAUAUAGGCGUGGGGCCACAGAAGUUAAGCAACAUCCAUUCUUUCAGAGUGUGAAUUGGGCACUUAUCCGGUGUACCAAUCCACCCGAGGUGCCAAAGCCAUUAAUGAUGGACUUACCAGCAAAAUUGGAUGUGCCAAAAGCACCCAAAAAUGAGAAGAUGCCAGGGGUUGAUGUGAAGCCUUCAGGUAAUUAUUUAGAGAUUGAUUUCUUUUGAUUCUUGUAGUUGUAUCUUUCUGCAACAGUUUCCAUGGUAAGAUAUUGUCCUCGACCAUUUAUUUUUUUCUCCCACUACAAGGAAAGCAGAAAUUGUUGCUUCUCAAAGCCCCAUGU